UGGCUGUAAGCUUAAAAUAGAUCCAGGGAGGAGCUCAUUAAUGUGAACAUAGAAAGCAGUUCUGCACCUCUGGCCUUAUUCCUUUUGGAAACUGCUUUGGUCCAUUUUUACUUUCCUUUUAUUCAAUGCACCAGAAAGUAAGACUUUCACCAACAUUUUUACCACAUUUGAUGAUGAACUAAUUUAGACUGGCCAAAAUAAUUGUUCCACUGGGACACAGGAAUUCAACCUCAGUUCAGAAAAUCCCUGACAUCUGACGUAGGAGGAUUUAUAGGUUUAGUGGAAAUUGCUUUCUCCUGCUCUCCAGAUUGCAUCCUGUGGGUUGAUUUUUUUUGCAUGAGUAAACAUCCUUCUAAUAAUGAACAGACCAAUAAUGUCUUAAAGAGAGAAAAAGAACAACAUUUUCCUUUUUGCUGUUUCUGGAGAGAGCUGUUUGAAUUUGGAAACCCAUGUUGACUGUCCCAAAUAUGAAAUUUGGCAUCUUUCUUUUGUGGUGGGGAUGGGUUUUGGCCACUGAAAGCAGAGUGCACUGGCCUGGAAGAGAAGUCCACGAGAUGUCUAAGAAAGGCAGUAGGCCUCAAAGACAAAGACGAGAAGUACAUGAAGAUGCCCACAAGCAAAUCAGCCCAAUUCUGAGACGAAGCCCUGACAUCACCAAAUCGCCUCUGACAAAGUCGGAACAGCUUCUGAGGAUAGAUGACCAUGAUUUCAGCAUGAGGCCUGGCUUCGGAGGCCCUGCCAUUCCUGUUGGUGUGGAUGUGCAGGUGGAGAGUUUGGAUAGCAUCUCAGAGGUUGACAUGGACUUUACGAUGACACUCUACCUGAGGCACUACUGGAAGGACGAGAGGCUGUCUUUUCCAAGCACCAACAACCUCAGCAUGACAUUUGAUGGCAGGCUGGUCAAGAAGAUCUGGGUCCCUGACAUGUUUUUCGUGCACUCCAAACGCUCCUUCAUCCAUGACACCACCACAGACAACGUCAUGUUGCGGGUCCAGCCCGACGGGAAAGUGCUCUACAGUCUCAGGGUUACAGUAACUGCAAUGUGCAACAUGGACUUCAGCCGAUUUCCCUUGGACACACAAACGUGCUCUCUUGAAAUUGAAAGCUAUGCCUAUACAGAAGAUGACCUCAUGCUGUACUGGAAAAAAGGCAACGACUCCUUAAAGACAGAUGAACGGAUCUCACUCUCCCAGUUCCUCAUUCAAGAAUUCCACACUACCACCAAACUGGCUUUCUACAGCAGCACAGGCUGGUACAACCGUCUGUACAUUAACUUCACGUUGCGUCGCCACAUCUUCUUCUUCUUGCUCCAAACUUAUUUCCCCGCCACCCUAAUGGUCAUGCUGUCCUGGGUGUCCUUCUGGAUCGACCGCAGAGCUGUGCCUGCCAGAGUCCCCUUAGGUAUCACGACGGUGCUGACAAUGUCCACCAUCAUCACGGGCGUGAACGCCUCCAUGCCACGUGUCUCCUACAUCAAGGCCGUGGACAUCUACCUCUGGGUCAGCUUUGUGUUCGUGUUCCUCUCGGUGCUGGAGUACGCGGCCGUCAACUACCUGACCACCGUGCAGGAGAGGAAGGAACAGAAGCUGCGGGAGAAGCUUCCCUGCACCAGUGGAUUACCUCCGCCCCGCACUGUGAUGCUGGAUGGCAACUACAGUGACGGGGAGGUGAACGACCUGGACAACUACAUGCCAGAGAAUGGAGAGAAGCCUGACAGGAUGAUGGUGCAGCUGACCCUGGCCUCAGAGAGGAGCUCCCCACAGAGGAAAAGUCAGAGAAGUAGCUACGUGAGCAUGAGAAUCGACACCCACGCCAUUGAUAAAUACUCCAGGAUCAUCUUUCCAGCGGCAUACAUUUUAUUCAAUUUAAUAUACUGGUCUAUUUUCUCCUAGAUGUUUGUAAUUCUAUAAAUUUCACAUUUCCAUGGCAUGCACUACAGAAAUAACUGUAUAAUGAAAAAGAAUUUAAGGGUAUGGUUAAAAAAAAGUCCCAGGACCCACCCAUGUUUUCACUAUCCCUUCUGCAGUUUUGCAAAGCUACAUUGACAAGACACUGGUUUAAUUUGUACUUAUUAACCAUCUAUUGAAUAUACAGCAUUAUAUUAGGUGCUGCAGGAUUAUGACUCUGUAGCGAUUGAUGUUAGUUGUCACCCAGAUCCCCUGGAAAAGCACACUACCAGUGUUGUGGGCACAUUUAGUUCCACCCAUUAGACCCUUGAUGCUAUUCACAUGAAUAAUUUAUUUUCCUCGAGUGUCAUUACAUUCUUCAGGCUAGGUGGACUUGGAAGCACCUAAAGGCCAUUUGCAUGAAAUUCACAUGCACCUAAAUCCUCACUUUGACAGAAACUCAUGCUUCAGUUUAUAACCUAUUACCUAUUUUGUAUGCGACUCUGCCUCUGCAUGUUUAUUUUAAUAAAAGGCAAUGAUAAUAUUCACAUUA